AUGGCGAGUCGAGGUCUCAGCCGCUAUGGACGAUGGCGUCUCCCCCGGUUACUCCACACCAAACACUCGCCUGAAGCCGACUAUGAUACCCGCAAAAACGACAUCAACCUGAGCUGGUUCCCCCCCAUCGCCAACACGCGUUCCCCGCAAGUGGCGCUUCUCCGGGUGCCUCAAUUCAACGCCCAUUUCUCCACCACCGAUUUCGCUCAAUGGCCCCAGCAACGGUCCCCGGACUUCUUCCGCGUCGAAGGCAGGGUCGGCGCCAUCAGAAAGUCCGGCAAGGGGAUGUACUUCAUCGACUUGUACCAGGAUGACGCCAAGGUGCAAAUCGUGGCUACCAACAAGUUGAUGGGCUUAUCGCGGGACGAGUUUGAGGAGACCCACGGUAUAUUGAAGACGGGCGAUUGCAUUGGCGUUGAGGGCCAGGCCGGGCGCACUAACACCGGCGAACUUUCACUUAAAGCCCGGGCACCCGUCGCCAUGUUGGCCCCGGCGCUGCGGUUACCCAAUAAGCUCAGUGAUAAGGGAUUGAUCAACGCUAACCGUGCCCUCUACUACCGAGUGGAACCCCAACUGAAACAGCCUAUCGUCGUCAAGUCCCAGUUGUGUCGCGAGUUUCGCCAGUUCUUCGACCGCCAUGGGUUUUUGGAGGUGCAAACGCCGAUCCUCAGUGGUCCCGCCACCGGCGCCAACGCUAGAGGAUUCCACACUACCGAUAUCCACGGCACCCAGCUCCUGUUGCGGGUGGCUCCCGAGCUCUGGUUGAAAAAGCUUGUUAUCGGUGGCUUUGAUAAAGUGUUUGAGAUUGGGUGUAACUUUAGAAAUGAGGGCAUCGACGCCACCCACAACCCUGAGUUCACCCUGUGCGAGUUUUACCAGUCGUACACGCUGCUUGAUGAGCUCAUGCUGAUGACGGAACAGCUUUUCGCCCAGUGCCAGCAAUCGCUACAGCUGCCGGCGCUCGAUCCACUUACCCGCUCCUAUAAACGAGUGGAGUUUAUCCCCGGGAUCGAGGCGGAAACCGGCCACCCAUUACCGGCCGAACUCACCCAGCCGAAUCUCCACGACUACUGCCGGUUAGUGGGCGUCGACGUGAAUCCCACAGAGCUGCCGGCCCAGAUGUUGGAUGCGCUUUCGCUGACGUUCUUAGAACCCAUAUCUCUCCGUCCCGAAAACUUAAACCAUCCAGUGUUUAUCUACCAUCAGCCUGAGGCGAUGAGUCCGCUAGCUAAGGGCACCACGAAGGUAUAUGGCGACCGCACCUACAAUAUUUCCCUCCGCUUCGAAUUGUUCAUCAACGGUAAGGAGUACGUCAAUGCCUACGAGGAAGAGAAUGACCCCAGUGCCCAGGAGAGAAAGUUCCGGGAACAACUCUCGUUCAAUGACCAGUUUGGCGACGACGAGUCCCUUGUGCCCGAUUGGCGUUACCUCGAACAAAUGGAAUAUGGGCUUCCCCCUACGGGUGGCUGGGGGUGUGGCAUCGACCGCCUAGCCAUGCUCUUCGCUGGAUGUGAUCGUAUCGAACAAGUGCAAACGUUUGGCACUGUUGAUGAUGUGAUCAAGCAGUGA